UCUGUCUCUGUAGCAGAUUCAAGGAAUCCAUCCAUUCCCUUUAGUUGAAUAAAACUCUGUUCGUCCUCCUCUCCCUUGAGUUGUUACAGCAAGCGGUUCAUCCCUUGUCCCCCAUCUUCUCUAAAGGGUGUGCCAGAGUACAAUCUCAUCAGAGUCUGGAGAGUAGAGUAGCAGCGGCAGCAUCCUUGCAAGAAACAAGGAAAGAAGAAGCAUGGCAACUGCAAUGCCCCCCGCCGCAGCAAUCACCCGCCACAGCCACCAUCACCACCGUGUCUCGCUCGCUCCCAAGCCUUCCUCCGCCCGUGCUGCUGGUUCGGCGCCCCUCCGCUCGGGCUUCCUGGGCCGCGCGCUCGCCGCACAGCCCGUGGCGGCGGAGCCCCAUCGCGGCGGCGUGUCCGUGUCGGUGCGGAUGGCGUGGGACGGCUCCCUCUCCUCGGUGCGCCUCAUCAUGCAGGGCAGGAACGUCAAGCUGACGGACAAGCUGAAGGAGCACAUCGAGGACAAGGUGGGCAGGGCGGUGGCGAAGCACUGCCACCUGGUCCGGGAGGUCGACGUCCGCCUCUCCGCCCGGGGAGGCGAGCUCGGCAGGGGACCCAAGACUUCCCGCUGCGAGAUCACGCUGUUCAGCAAGCGUCACGGGGUGCUGCGCGCCGAGGAGGACUCCGAGUCCAGCUACGGGAGCAUCGACAUGGCCGCCUCCAUCAUCAAGCGCAAGCUCCGCAAGAUCAAGGAGAAGGAGACGGAGGUGCGCCACCUCAAGGGCACCAAGGACUGGACCUAUGACGCCGCCGGCCUCUUGGAUGAUGUCGAGCAGGACCUAGAAGACGACGAGGCGGCGGCCGAGCAGGACCUGGUGGAGGCCGUCGGGGCAGAGGACGAGCAGAACGUCCUCGCCAAGGUGGUGCGCACCAAGGUGUUCGAGAUGCCCCCGCUGGCCGUGGACGAGGCGCUGGAGCAGCUGGAGAACGUCGAUCAUGACUUCUAUGCCUUCAGGAACGAGGAGACAGGCGAGGUAAACAUUCUGUACAAGAGGAAAGAGGGCGGGUACGGGCUCAUCAUCCCCAAGGAGGACGGACACGUCGAGAAGGAGACCAUUGCAGCAGCAGCCUUCGCCGGGCACGGUCAGAAUAACUAGCUAGUUACUGCAGCAGCAGCCUUCGCCGGCCCUGCACUCGAUCGUCGACCCACCCUGAUCGAUCCGAUCGGUUUCUCAAUUCUGUCUGUGUUACUACAACACACUGUCUGUCCUUCAAUUUGUCAGUAGGACGCGUAAUCGAUCGGCACUGAUGACAAGUGAUGUCUUAAUUACCUGAGUAGCAUUUCCUGUCCA